CGCAACAUCAACUCCUGUUAUCCUACCUCGUCGGGAUGUCUCUCGGAAUCUAUCCGCAGUAAAAGCGUCGCUGCGAUCCCCAGGGUCGUGUGGUCCAAAUCUGCAUCCACAGCAUCAAUCUCUCACGUGAAACAAGCCCUAUGAAGAGAGAUGUUCUUCUAAAUGGUACAGUUUAGGAUUUGUCAUGCUCAAAUCAAGACCAGCACAAGCUGCAAUGAAGUUGAAGUGGCUGUGCUGGCUCCGUGAUCUGUCCCGCCUCGCGCAAACUACCAAAUACGACCACCCUGUAGACACCCAAAUUUCUCAUGCAUGUCUCCCGCGACAGGCACGGCAGCUCGGCGACUUGUUUUGCCCUUUGCUUCUCAUCUUGACCACUUAG